UCUACAGCUCUCAUACAAAAACACUGGAGGACCAUGGAGUUGUGUGGGGACGAUAUUUAUGCCAAUUAUUAUAAUAAACAAAUAGUGAAGCAUGAAGAACCCGUCUGUGAAGAGAGACCACAUUGUUUUGAAUUAAAAAACAACACAGAUGAAGUCACCCAAAGGAGCAGCCCACGACCAGAUAUCUCAGGUUCUGAUAAGACAGGGAUGAAACCCUUUGUGGUGGCGGCAGUGUGUCUAGGAAUGCUGUGUUUCAUCCUCCUGGCUGGGAUCAUCUGCGUCUUUGCUUACUUUCAACAGCAGGUGGACACAGACCCGACAGACACCAGAUACCAUAACCUGAUUAAAGAGAGAGUCCAGCUGCAGAUCAACUACACCACCCUGAUUAAAGAGAGAGACCAGCUGCAGAUCAACUACACCACCCUGAUUAAAGAGAGAGACCAGCUGCAGAUCCACUACAACACCCUGAUUAAAGAGAGAGACCAGCUGCAGAUCCACUACAACACCCUGAUCAAAGCGAGAGACCAGCUGCAGAUCCUCUACAACACCCUGAUGAAAGAGAGAGACCAGCUGCAGAUCCACUACAACACCCUGAUGAAAGCGAGAGACCAGCUGCAGAUCCUCUACAACACCCUGAUUAAAGAGAGAGACCAGCUGCAGAUCUGCUCCAACAACCUGAUUAAAGAGAUAGACCAGUUGCAGGCCAGAAACCUGACUAGUCUGCUGUGUCUCAAUAACUGGAAAAUAUUUGGCUGUAAAUUUUACUACAUUUCCACUGACCAUAAAAACUGGAUUGACAGCAGACAGGACUGUCAGGGUAGAGGAGCAGACCUGGUGAUCAUCAACAGCAGAGAGGAACAGACUUUCAUAAAAUCCUUCAAAAACAAAGCCUGGAUUGGUCUGAAUAACAGAGAAGUUAAGAAAUCCUGGAAAUGGGUGGACGGUUCACCACUGACCACCAGUUACUGGGACUCAGGGAAACCAAAUAAUUAUGGAGGAGCAGAGGACUGUGUUGAGAUGGCUGUUGGAGGCAAUUGGAAUGAUGCUUCCUGUAAAGAAACAAGGCAGUGGAUCUGUGAGAGGCCAUUCAAUUAAGUCUGUCAAUAACAUUGUAUUAGAAUAAGGCACAUUUAUUCAAUUGGAAAUUGUCUUCUCUCUUUUCCCUUCACUCCCUCUCAUAAUUAUGCAGCAAAUUGUGUUUUAUUCUGCUUUUUGUCCUUUGUACUCUAAUUUAUUAAGUGUCCCAAUAGUUAUGUGUUUCAAUGAGAACUAAUGUAUCAUCUGAAGAAUUACAGCUAGGGCACUAACAAUAUCUAUACACAAUAAAGCAUGUUUAAAGGAUUAGUAAUUCAUGGAUCAUUUAAUAAUAGGCUGUGGUACGCCUUCCCUGACCACCUGAGGGCCCCUCAGACUACUGACUUUAUUACAUUUAUGCCCCUUGAUUUCUUUUGUAUUUUGAUAUGCUCUGUAGCACUUUCAGAUGGAUAAAAUGUAAAGUGCAAUACAAAUAAAAUGUAUUAUUAUUAAUAUACAUAAUCCAAUUAGUUAAUAUGAUUACAGUGUGGUAACCAUUAUUUAAAGGUAGACUAGCUACUUGCGUCUUCAAAUAGGUGUGACGCAUACAAAAUGUAUGGUCGCAUUUGGGGUUGAUAUAGAAUUUUGAAGGACACUUUUAUAUUGAAGGACACUUACUGCGGUUGGCCUAUAGGGGGCAGUCUGACGUGGUCGUGUUGCGUUGGCACUGUUAACGAUCCAAACACCUGCGCGCUCUCGUAACUCUUUAAGGAAAAGCCAUGUCUUUCUCAUCAUUUAUCUUGUUUUCCUGGUCGGUAAAAUACAGAAAUACACUGGAUCUUUCGAUACAGUUUGAUAACUUGCCUCUUAAAGUGUAUGUAAAAGAGGGUUGUAAAAGAGUGGUAAUUGUACAACUAUGACAGAGACAACUGUAUCGAAACAACACUCCUGACAAUAUCCCUAUGAUUAAUAUAAUUGAAUUUUGUAACUGUAUUGUUUAGGAAAUUUGCAGUCAUUGCAUUAUAAGGGUUAACGAUUAGCUAGUUCCUUGUUCCUUGUUGUUAGCUGGCUUCGGUUGGUUAUUAGCUGGCUCCAGUUAGCUGUGUGCUAGCUCCAGUCAUGUGUUUGUCAGUUCCGGGAAGCACUUUGCUAACUUACUCAGCCAUGUUCUAUUUGUGUUAACAUGAAGGUCAUUUGUUAAACUAUCACUAUCUAGCCUACUUUAUAAAAAAUGUCUUCAAUGGGAUUAUAAUAUGAAUAGUUUAUAUUACUUAGGCUAUUGU